AUGUCCGUAGCGCGUCUUUCCUCCUCCGCUCUGAGGGCUUCCCUCAGAGCCUCCCCCUUCAAGGUGUCAGCUUUCAACGCUGCUCGCUGCUACUCUUCCAAGAACCAGACCUUGAAGGAGCGCUUCGCUGAGCUCCUCCCCGAGAAGAUCGAGGAAGUCAAGGCUCUGAGAAAAGAGCAUGGCGGCAAGGUCAUUGACCAGGUCACUCUCGACCAGGUCUACGGCGGUGCCCGUGGCAUCAAGUGCCUCGUCUGGGAGGGUUCCGUCCUCGAUGCCAACGAGGGUAUCCGUUUCCGCGGCAAGACCAUCCCCGAGUGCCAGGAGCUCCUCCCCAAGGCUCCCGGUGGCAAGGAGCCUCUCCCUGAGGGUCUCUUCUGGCUUCUCCUGACUGGCGAGGUCCCUACCGAGCAGCAGGUCCGCGACCUGUCCGCCGAGUGGGCUGCCCGCUCCGAUAUUCCUAAGUUCGUCGAGGAGCUCAUCGACCACUGCCCUACCGACCUUCACCCCAUGGCCCAGUUCUCCCUGGCCGUCACCGCCCUCGAGCACACCUCUUCGUUCGCUAAGGCCUACGCCAAGGGUGUCAACAAGAAGGACUACUGGGGAUACACCUUUGAGGACUCGAUGGACCUGAUUGCCAAGCUGCCCACCAUUGCCGCUCGCAUUUACCAGAACGUCUUCAAGGGUGGUAAGGUUGCCCCCGUCCAGAAGGACAAGGACUACUCCUUCAACUUCGCCAACCAGCUCGGCUUCGGCAACAACAACGACUUCGUCGAGCUCCUCCGUCUCUACCUGACCAUCCACACCGACCACGAGGGUGGCAACGUCUCUGCCCACACCACUCACUUGGUUGGCAGUGCUCUUUCCUCCCCCUUCCUGUCCGUUGCCGCUGGUCUCAACGGUCUGGCUGGCCCUCUCCACGGUCUGGCCAACCAGGAGGUCCUCAACUGGCUCACCGAGAUGAAGAAGUCCAUUGGCGAUGACCUGAGCGACAAGGCCAUCACCGACUACCUCUGGUCCACCCUGAACGCCGGCCGUGUCGUUCCCGGUUACGGCCACGCCGUCCUCCGCAAGACCGAUCCCCGCUACACCGCCCAGCGCGAGUUCGCUCUGAAGAAGAUGCCCAACGACCCUAUGUUCCAACUCGUCAGCCAGGUCUACAAGAUCGCCCCCGAGGUCCUCAACCAGCACGGCAAGACUAAGAACCCCUACCCCAACGUCGAUGCCCACUCUGGUGUCCUCCUCCAGUACUACGGUCUCACCGAGGCCAACUACUACACUGUUCUCUUCGGUGUCUCCCGCGCCAUCGGUGUCCUUCCCCAACUCAUCAUCGACCGGGCCCUCGGCGCCCCCAUCGAGCGCCCCAAGUCCUUCUCCACUGCCAAGUGGGCCGAGAUUGUCAAGAAGCUCUAA